CUUUCUAUCUCCCUCCACAGUCUCUCGUUCCCAGGUGUCCUCACAGAGCCAGGAAGUGCUGAUGGAGAACGUGACCCGGAUGUCGGAGCGCUCUCGGCUGCUCCAGCAGACCCUGGGCGAGGUGUCUACUCAGGUUGACCUGCUGGAGAACAUUUGGAAACUGGAGAACCUCUUCCAGAACCACAGCAACUGGCUGCAGAGGCUGGAGAUCCUCAUCAAGGGCCUGGAGGUGGAGCUGAGAACCAUCCAGGCUCAAUCACUUCAGUCAGAGGGCUACCUGGUGCAGCUGGAUGACAGGUUGUCCUCUCUGAGCAGCUCUGCUGGCAGGAACCUGACAGGCUUAAUUGCAGAGGUGUCCCGAACCUCAACCUGGCUCCGCAACCAGGACAUCCUUGUCAGGGAAACUUCAGGACAGAUGAGCAGGCUGACUGAAAAACUGGACGAGGUUAAUUGGACUGUGGGAGCUGUCAAUCACACCUUCAGCAAUGACAUCAGUAUUCACCACUUGAAGAUACAAGACUUGCAGAUCCAGAUCAGCAACAUAACAGAGGACACCAGCAGUUUAUGGGUGACCCAUGUCCACACGGAGGCCCAGCUGAGGAAUGAAAUGGAGAUCCUCAACACAAUUACAGAGGACCUCCGCCUAAAGGAUUGGGAGCACUCCAUGGCCCUGAAGAACCUCACCAUAUUAGAAGGUCCUCCAGGGCCAAAGGGAGAGAAGGGUGACACUGGACCACUGGGUCCCGCCGGGGCUCCUGGGUUGACAGGCCUGAGAGGUUUUACAGGAGAAAAGGGGAUCCAGGGCCCUCGGGGAGUCAAAGGGCCUGUUGGGGCCGACGGUGUUCAGGGAGAAAAAGGAGAAGUUGGACCUGUUGGUCCUAGAGGUGACAGAGGAGAGAGAGGAUUUAAGGGUGAGAAGGGGGAGCGAGGAGACCGAGGAGAGAAAACAGUGGAGGAGACCCUGGUGCGGCUGGUGAACGGAUCAGGUCCUCAUGAAGGUCGCGUGGAGGUUUUCCAUGAACGACGCUGGGGGACGGUGUGUGACGACGUCUGGGAUAAAAAGGAUGGAGACGUGGUGUGUAGAAUGCUGGGAUACCAAGGAGCCACUGAGGUCCAUAAGACUGGACGCUUUGGACAGGGUAUUGGUCUGAUCUGGAUGGAUGACGUGGCGUGUACAGGGACUGAAGACACCAUCCACCAGUGUAAGUUUCCUGGCUGGGGCAAAACCAACUGCGGCCACGUGGAGGAUGCUGGUGUGACCUGCGCCGUCUAAAACCUUUACGAUACCGACACAUUGCAGGGGCCGAGCAUCUCCUUAAAUAGUUCCUUAAACUCUCAAGAAGCUACGAGGUGCACAACUUCUUAUCGUUGCCAGGAGUGUCACGAAUUUAAAAAGAUUGUUCAAACAUGAGCUGGUCCAUGGGGGUGAUCGCACGACAGGACUCUUCAUCAGGACUGCUCCAUCAGACUGAAUUAUAGAGUCUUCAAUGAAGGUCGAAGGUCAUCUUUCGUAGGGCCCCUCUUCCCUCAGAGGCUCGUCUAGGGUCAGGAUUGCUGUUUUUGACCUCUGAGGGGCCCGCGCCCACAGAGGAGCCAAUCCAACAACUUCAUCAUCCCUUGGCCUUCGUUUGUCAGCUGAGUUCUCCCAAGUUGCUGAGGAGCUGAAACGGCACAUAAAGAAACCGACGAGACUACGUCAUCGACAAACUGAUUUUUCAUUUAAUGGCAGCUGCUCUUCACAGUAUUAUGUAGGAAUGGCUUUUGAGUGAUGCUAAACAUACACCGUGUUGCCUUGUCAUAUAUCGUAUAGCAUUACCCAGUAAGCAAUCAUUUGAUCAUUUGCAGGUCAAAAGCUUGCGACAGUUAAAACUGGACCAAAUUUGCAAAGCUGAUUCUUUAAAUAUUUUAAAACAUGUUUAUAGUUUCUCUAGGUUUACUUGCUAGCUUACUACUUUUUUUUGCACAUCACCAUAAUAGUGUGAAACCAGUGACAUUACUGUGUAUCGCUUCGGCUAUGUGCAUUAUACAAACAAAAUGGGCUCCAUUUGUGAAAACAUAGCGCUACAGUGUACAUAAGGGAGAUUAAUACCUCUGUAGUUUUAGUUUUGUGUUCCGACCCACAAAUUAAUCAAUCUUAUAUCUAGCCACACUGUAUGUUACCUGUGUAGCACUUAAGGCACAAAAAGUUAGAGACAAGCAGUAGAAAUAAGUGGAACAUCUAGCAUCUGAAGAUCCAGAUAUUUUUCUGAGUCGUUGGUAGAGACCAGAAUAGGGCUAAAAGGAUCGUAAUUAUUGGGCUUUCAUCCAUCAGGUGGACAAACACCACUCCAGAUUAAUGCUAAUGUUGUUCUGUGUUUGCUGGAUGUCUGUUUUUCAGCCUGUUGUAAAGUUCUUCAAAAAUCAAUUUUUGCAGUUUUUUAGCACAGUUUUAACCUCAACAUCUCAACGUCUUUUAACCUGCAAAUCAUCAAAUCUGUGUUUGCUUUAUAUUUCUAUUAUAAAUGAAAAUGAACAAAAAAAAACAACCAGGCAACUAAGAAAGAUUCUUUAAAGGGUUAUCAGUCACUGCAGUUAACAGAUGAAGCAGUUAUGAAGAAGAGAGAAGAGAUGAGUAUAAACAGAUGGUUGCAUGGACGCCUGCCAUGUUUGAUUUACAAUGGUCGGUCUGUCAGUGUUUACUGCCAAACGUUGGCUUGUUUCAGUAUUAAUGCAUAUUGUAUGUACACACACACAUACACACCAAACCAACCAACCAUAAAAGACAAGCCUUUUCUGAGUUUUAUGCCUCUCUCAGUGGAGCUUAAUCUUUAUGGCUGCCCUCAAAUCUAAUAAGGCUGGUACAUCCCAAGUGUCACCUCUCCUUCCAAGCCAACAGGAGACAGGCAGGAACGUGUCUCUUCAUGUUUUGUACCUUAAAAUUUGGCAAACUUCAUAUGCCCCACCCCUUCUUAGGACCUGAAGUUGAAUUCCCCCUGCCCCAAUAUUCUGUAGUGAAAUCAGUCUGUAUAAGCUCUCCUAGUUCAAAGAAGAAUUAUCCAGCACACUGUCUUUUCAUGAAAAUGAAUCUGCACCCAGAGUGUGUUCCUAUGAGGGAGGAAGAAAGAUGUUGAAUAUAAAUUAGAUUUUUAAGACAGUGCAGCCAGAAAAUACUUCUAUUUUAUCGUCAUGUUCAAGUGCCUUGGUGUUUGUUGAGGGUUUCUGUUUUAAACCACAAGUCUGCCACAGAAGAAGACAAAUUAAAGAAGGAAAAGGGGAAAGGGGAGUCUGGGGAAAGGGAAAAUGAGGUGAGAAACCAGACUCAAUAGACGGAUGUGUCUCAAAAGACGCUAUAGCAACACUAAAGGGAAUUGUUGGUGGGUAACAUGUUUCUCUAGUACAUUUUCCUAAAUAGUUGAAUAACUCCCUCACUAGCUUCACUUCUGGUAUAACCACAAACUUUUUUGUUUUUUUUACCUUUUAGCAUUGCCAAAUAACACAAAUGUUAAUACACCCGUUAAUGAGCAUUGACAACUUGUUGGCCGACCAGAAAGCUAGUUGUUUAUCUUUUUCAUUUUAGUUUGCUUAUCUUUAGGCCUGAAAAUAUUUGUUCACAAGGUUUGGAAACUGUUUUAUAAAGGCAAUAAUACUCCUACAUGUUUCUUACUGUGACUAUCAGGAUUUAAUGACAGUAUGUGGCCAACUAAUGUAUCCCAGUUGUAUCUUUCAUAGUAUUAUUGCCAACGGCAAAUUAAUCUGCAAUAAUUUAGAUAACUAAGUAAUUGUUUAAGUCAUUUUUCAAACAGAAAUGCCAAAUAUUAUCUAGACUAUUUGCUGCUUUUCUCUGUUUAAUGUAACUGUUAAGUGGACAUAUAUUUUGUACUGCUGGUUGGACAAAACAAGACAUUGGUGUGAUGGACAUUCUUUAAUUAUUUUAGCAAAUUUGACGGACCAAGUGAUGAAUAUUUAAUCGAGAAAAUAAUCAGCAGAUAAAUGUAUUAAGAAAAUAAUCAUUACUUGCAGACCUAAAACACAUACAUGUCUUAAUAUCUCAUAGAGACAAGGUCAGCAUACAUCUGCAUAAAUCGCAAAGUAGACCUUGAAAGAUAAAGAAAUGCAGAAGAUUCAUUUAUAUUUGCGUAAAUUUUUCUCAGAUAUCAGACAGAAAUAUUUGUGGAAAUUCUUUUCUCAGCACAGGAAGCAAUAAAACAAAAUAUGACAUGUGGAAUACAGCAGCUCACAGCGACAGAACCUCCUCACCACGUUCGUUGCUUCUGAUGCCAACUUCAAACGAUUUCUGGGCAGUCGAGCUCUUCAAAUCUAACAACAGAUUAAAGAAACCGAUGACAGAUCUCUCACUGCAACUUAGGGCUGCCAAAGUAGAAAGUUACCUAGUAUGACACCACAAUGCAGUUAUCAUUCAGGCAUGUUUAAUACAGAAUGAUUUGUCUUGGGUGAAUGGUGCACAUGGUAGCCUACAUAAUGCAGAUCAACAGGAACAUAAAAACAGUCAAUAUACGUUUAAUAAAUACAGUAUUAGAAGAAGAAGAUGACAUACUUUAUUAAUCCCAAAAGGGGAGAUUCUAUGGUUUUCACUCACUUGUUAGUUUAGUAUUAUACACACAGGUCUGAACGCAACUUGAUAUACACUGUGGUUACACUUUGUUUUUUUCUAUUUGAAAAUGUUCUAUGAAUGGAACAAAUUAGAAAUGUACAAGGCCAUGGAGUUGUAUACUUUCCAACUAAUGUGUGCAUGAUUGAGUGUAAUACUCACGCACUUGCUCACCAAAGUGUAGCUGAAAGUACGACUGAGUGGCAGCCAGGCGGUUUGUGUGUCUGGUCUUGAUGACUCUCAUUCAUCUUGUCACAUUCAGCACUUUGGCCGUGGACUUAUUACUGUAAACUCUGCCUUUCUAAAACAACAGCCAAAGAUAACACCCAGGGCUCCUUCAGUAUAUUUUCACUCUGCUUAUUUGUUUUAACCAGAGAAGCAAACUAAAUAUUUUUGAUCGAAAUUCCUGUGAUACAUUUUCUCAAAAAAUAGUUUUGUAUUUACACAGGGUUAGGUAUGUUUUAUUCUACAGUAUUGAACAGGACUUUGAUAUUCAUGAAAGCAAUAUUUAACAAUAACGUAUUUUUAUAGAAGCAGCUGUGAAGAUAUGGCAGCGUUCCCAGCUUUUGUUUCUACGCUUGUCUGCCACUGAAGAGAGAGAGUUUAUCAACUUUUUGGCAUUUCCUUUUUACCUGAAGUGGUGCCAAGUGGAAGAAUUAAAGAGGGGAGGUUCUUGAUCUCGCUCAUAUCAUACAGUAUGCUAGGUAUUUGACAGCAGAUUGGACAGCAGAGUCAAGUAUUUAGAGCACAACUUCGCUAACUGGCAAAAUAUGAUUAAAACAUAUUUCUGGCUUCUCUCAUCCAUGACCAGUACUGUAUGAUCUUGAAUGGUCAGCUCAGCUAACUACAGUAGCUUAUCUACAUAUAUAGGUAGUUUAAACACAGAUGAAUUAGGAAGGUAGAUUAGUGCCGUUUCACUUUAAAAAACUGACCAAGCAGCUACAGGAGAAAAAAAAAUUGUAACCCUUUUUUCACCUGUGACUCAAUUUCUAGUUCCCAAAUUUCAGUCACACAGACUGAAAGUAUUACAGAUGUUUGUGUUCUACUAUCAUAAUAUUUGAAUAUGUUUUUACUAAGCCUAUUAUUAAGCAAAUAUCAACACAUGUGCUCACAUAAUCUCCUUCAACUCCUUUGCAUAUCAAAUUACAGGCAUCCUUACCUAAAGAUGAAGAAACUGAAGUAGUGGUUAAAAUCUGAUUAAAAUUCAUGACUACUGACUGUCACCUCUAUGUGUAAUAUUGUUACUUUUGGAGGGAUGUAGAUACUUCAUCCUAAAGGUAUAAUCAAGUUGCUUCAGAGAAAUCUAAACUAAAAGUAAAACUUUUCUGGUAAACAUGGGCUCUGGAGGCUUUAACGGGCAAAAUAAGUGUAGACAGACCAGUCACACAUUAGAACCUUAUGGGCGCAAUUCAACCAGAAAAAAUAUGUGAUGCCAUUGCCACCUCCAGUUGACCGUCUUCUCACAGCUAAAUGUGUUUGGACAAAUGUUCCUUCUUGGCGAAGUUGCAGCCUAUCAGAUUUCAGCAUGAUAAAAGUGUUGUGAUGUAAUUUGCUGAUUGGUUAUGCUCCUCUGACCUCAGAUCAAUGCUUUUGCCUCAUGGGCUCAAAUAAUUAGAAUACUUAGACUUUGAAAAUGUAACACAGUCUAAUUUCAUAACCUAUGAAAGACAGAACACAUUGCAAAGUGCACUUAAUUACUUAAAUAUGUCAUAUUUUACAGAGUGUACAGAAUUUAAAGUGUACUUGGUUGUACAAAGACUCUACUAUGCUACUUUGGCAUAAUGGCUCUAAACACAUAUGCAUAUACAUGUCUGUUUUUUUAUUACAUUGUGCUGGUCAUAACACAUAUAAGGGCUAUGGAGCAAGAUACAUACAAAAACAAAUGCCUAAAUCAAACAUGGUUACGUCAAGGAAAUACUUGAUACAGUGCUUUACGUUUACGUUAAGAAAAUACACUUUUUACUUUAUGUGCUGUUGAUUUGUACCACUAAAAUCCUGUAUAUGCACUGCUGAAAUAAUAAAUGUACAUUUGUUUAAACAGG